AUGAUUUUUGGAUUGAUACCGCAGGAGUUACACGAACAGCUCCUAGACCUCAAAAACUACCAAAAUCGAACAAAUGGUGUGGAACAGCUGAAAAACAUCCUCUUUGGAUUGGACUUGAAGCCAGUCCCCUCAGACAGUAUUGUGGAGUUUAUACAUUUUCUCCGCAGACUUCUAGAUGACAGCAACUUCAAAGUCUUGUACGGCACUUUACAGGUGAUAAACCUACUCAUCCAGAAAUUGGAUUAUAAUGUAGACAAAUAUUUCAAACAAUUAGCGUGUGUGGCUCUGAAAACCCUUGGGGACACCCGCGCUGUCACCAGGAAUGAGUAUAUGAAUGUGUUCAGGCAGUUGACUAGAAUUGUAGGGCCACAGAAAGUGUUGGACCUUGUCAUUGGACAUCUGAGACACAAGAACUCCCGGGUCAGAGAGGAUGUCAUCAACAUCAUCACAGCAACUAUGCUCACCCACCCCAGGAAGGACUUCAACAUCCCCAGCCUCUGCUUUGAAGUUGCACCAUACCUGGCAGACAGCAAGAAGAAGGUCCGCCAUGCAGCUCUAGAACUAUUUGCAGUUUUUGACCAUUGCCUUGACACAGGGAAAAAGCAGCCCCUAAUGAAAGCUGUAGACAGAGUUGAGCUCAAUGGGGAUGUGGAGGGUCUUAUGACAGCUGUGCAAGCAAGAAGAGCCAGGCACAUACUUCCCAGACUGUCCUCAGAUGGGAUGGUGGAGUACGCCCUUGUAAUCCCUAAACCAGGACAGCGACGCUCACCACAGUUUGGGUCAGGAGCUGACCUGGAGUGGGUGCUAAAUGGUGGGCGGAUCAGCAGUGCCAGGAGCAUCAGGACAGAACCAGACUCUGACAGGCUGUAUCAUGGUUAUGGAAGCUUGGGCUCCCUCGUUGAUGACCUUCCACUGCAGAGGAGAAUUGUCAGUGCAGGCAAAGGGAAGAACAAGCUGCCCUGGGAGAGGUCAAGCCUCCCUUCCACAGUGAACACCCAGCCAUGCAGUGCCCCUAAGGGGAAAUCCUCUGAUCAGGUUGGUCAUCGAUGAUGGCAAGGUUACAUCAAGCAAAAGUCUGCUGACGACACUGGUCUAUCAUUUAGCUAUUUUGAUUUAGCAAAGUGUCAUUAGAGAAAGAAAUAUCAAGACAUCCUCUCUUGGCUAUAUAGGUAUAAGAAUCUUAUUUCCAUAGAAGCACCAUAAUUCCAUGGAAUAAGGUGCAAAUAGAAUGUUUGCAACCACCCAAAGUCAAAAUCUAGCAAAUAUUAGUUUGCAAGAACCUAAUGAACACGACCCCAAGCAUGUCUACACUGAAACAAUAACACGCAGUAUACUAGAUACUGACGAAAGCUUGUGUUAGGACUACAGUGGGGGGAAAAAGUAUUUAGUCAGCCACCAAUUGUGCAAGUUCUCCCACUUAAAAAGAUGAGAGAGGCCUGUAAUUUUCAUCAUAGGUACACGUCAACUAUGACAGACAAAAUGAGAAUUUUUUUUCCAGAAAAUCACAUUGUAGGAUUUUUUAUGAAUUUAUUAGCAAAUUAUGGUGGAAAAUAAGUAUUUGGUCACCUACAAACAAGCAAGAUUUCUGGCUCUCACAGACCUGUAACUUCUUCUUUAAGAGGCUCCUCUGUCCUCCACUCGUUACCUGUAUUAAUGGCACCUGUUUGAACUUGUUAUCAGUAUAAAAGACACCUGUCCACAACCUCAAACAGUCACACUCCAAACUCCACUAUGGCCAAGACCAAAGAGCUGUCAAAGGACACCAGAAACAAAAUUGUAGACCUGCACCAGGCUGGGAAGACUGAAUCUGCAAUAGGUAAGCAGCUUGGUUUGAAGAAAUCAACUGUGGGAGCAAUUAUUAGGAAAUGGAAGACAUACAAGACCACUGAUAAUCUCCCUCGAUCUGGGGCUCCAUGCAAGAUCUCACCCCGUGGGGUCAAAAUGAUCACAAGAACGGUGAGCAAAAAUACCAGAACCACACGGGACCAAAGUAACAAAGCCUACCAUCAGUAACACACUACGCCGCCAGGGACUCAAAUCCUGCAGUGCCAGACGUGUCCCCCUGCUUAAGCCAGUACAUGUCCAGGCCCGUCUGAAGUUUGCUAGAGUGCAUUUGGAUGAUCCAGAAGAGGAUUGGGAGAAUGUCAUAUGGUCAGAUGAAACCAAAAUAUAACUUUUUGGUAAAAACUGAACUCGUCGUGUUUGGAGGACAAAGAAUGCUGAGUUGCAUCCAAAGAACACCAUACCUACUGUGAAGAAUGGGGGUGGAAACAUCAUGCUUUAGUGCUGUUUUUCUGCAAAGGGCAAAGGGACCAGGACGACUGAUCCGUGUAAAGGAAAGAAUGAAUGGGGCCAUGUAUCGUGAGAUUUUGAGUGAAAACCUCCUUCCAUCAGCAAGGGCAUUGAAGAUGAAACGUGGCUGGGUCUUUCAGCAUGACAAUGAUCCCAAACACACUGCCCGGGCAACGAAGGAGUGGCUUCGUAAGAAGCAUUUCAAGGUCCUGGAGUGGCCUAGCCAGUCUCCAGAUCUCAACCCCAUAGAAAAUCUUUGGAGGGAGUUGAAAGUCCGUGUUGCCCAGCGACAGCCCCAAAACAUCACUGCUCUAGAGGAGAUCUGCAUGGAGGAAUGGGCCAAAAUACCAGCAACAGUGUGUGAAAACCUUGUGAAGACUUACAGAAAAUGUUUGACCUGUGUCAUUGCCAACAAAGGGUAUAUAACAAAGUAUUGAGAAACUUUUGUUAUUGACCAAAUACUUAUUUUCCACCAUAAUUUGCAAAUAAAUUCAUUAAAAAUCCUACAAUGUGAUUUUCUGGAUUUUUUUUCUCAUUUUGUCUGUCAUAGUUGACGUGUACCUAUGAUGAAAAUUACAGGCCUCUCUCAUCUUUUUAAGUGGGAGAACUUGCACAAUUGGUGGCUGACUAAAUACUUUUUUCCCCCACUGUAUGGAUUUCACAUGACUGGAAAUACAGAUAUGCAUCUGUUGGUCACAGAUACCUUAAAAAUAAAAUGGGCCUCACAAUGGGCCUCAGGAUCUCGGCACAGUAUUUCUGUGCAUUUAAAUUGCCAUCGAUAAAAUGCAGUUGUGUUCAUUGUCCGUAGCUUGUCUGCCCAUACCAUAACCCCACCACCAGCAUGGGGCACUCUGUUGAUGAUGUUGACAUCAGUAAACUGCCCGCCCACAUGACGCCAUACAUAAAUAUCUUUGUGCAUAUGCAAUUAUUUCUGGGAUUUUUUUUUUCAGCUCUUGAAACAUGAGACCAGCACUUUACAUGUUGUGUUUAUAUUUUUGUUCAGUGUAGUUAUGUAUUCAGAGAUUAUGCAAAUGUUUUCCUUUAGUUGACAUUGAUUGGCAAUUAUUGACUCAGCAAUCAAAGUUCACAUUUUUCAUGGCGUAAAGGGCUUCUAAAAAUAGAUCCAAUGCAAUGAGUUGCCUUUCAAUCAGUCACUGAUUGACUGUGUUCCUGGAGUAGCAUCUUUCCUAUUGACUUCACCAUCCACCUCAGGGGCUGUGUUUUAGUUGAUUUCUUUGUCUCCACAAUCAAAGUCAGAGUGCACUGAUUGCAGAGGGCCUGAAAAGGACUGUCACAUGCCUGCAAGGGCUGCUAGUGUUUUGUUGCCAUGACAACAAUUUGGUGAGCAGCAAGUUGCCUUGUGGCCUAUUAGUAGGAGAGAGAUGACAACUAGGAUGUCAGUGGUUAUCAAUCAGGUUAAUCUGAAUUUGAGAUAAGGAAAGGGGGGGGCUCUACCAUAUUCUGAAGGCAAUCAAACUAUUUGUUUGAUGCCUGAUGUGACAUUGGACAUAAGGCUAUUCAUGUGUUUGUCAUCUCAGAGAUGUAUUCUCAGGCAUUUCAAGUUGUGGUCAAUCAGGGAAAAUCAAAUCACAUUUUAUUGAUCGCAUACACAUAUUUAGCAAAUGUUAUUGCGAGCAAUGUUCCCUCAAUUUGUUUUUGGCACAGAGCUAAUUUCAGGUCUGCUGAGCGCAAACUUGAACAUAGAAAAUUCUGUUCAACUUCCGGUGCGUGUUUACUGUGAACGCUGAGGCUGUACCCGCUUUAAGUUACAGUUUUAACAGUGGCCAAGUAGGCUGCUGUGGCUAUUUGAUCAUAAUCAUAAUGGAAAUAGCUGUUCUUUCAGUAGCAGCAAAUAUAUGGUGUUCAAUGUAGGCCUACAUUCCAUGAGACGUUUGGGAAAAAACAUGCAGGGUUUGACAUUAACCUGUUUAUCCACUUGUCCUUCAGACAAGAGGGGACUGAAAAUGUUCUUUGAUGUAAGAAACCACUUUACAAAAUAAAAUUCAUUAUUAUUCCCAUACCAUUAUUAGAGAGAAACAGACAAAUUAUGCUACCCUCUGCCUAUUGGCUACUUAGUUUAUUCAAAACCGUCUCAAAAUAGAACACUGCCCCUUUAAGACAUAAAAAAAAGCUAUUUACCUGACUCGCUUUUCAAAGAUGGCUAGAAUGCACACAUUUUAUGCUCUUGUAGGAAGCAACCACUCCCCCAUUGUUGACUAGAAAUUAGCGAUAACUGGACGAAUAACUCAUUAACUAGCAGAGAAUAUGAACAAAUGUGCACAGCUCUCGCUAUGAUAUCAAAACAAGUGCAUCUACUCGCGACUGCUCAUGCUAUGAACACAGUCCAGUUCAAAGUGAAUGGCACAGAUCCAUAGAUGGCAAUGGCUGUUUGCAUAUGGGCCUACUGCAGCUCUGAUUGGUUAUGGCGCACAGGUCUGUGUAGAGUAGGAGCCUGAGUCUUGGAUGUCAAUGCAAUAGAAUCCUACUCCAAUGGGCUCUGCCUACAAGAAAAUCUCUUGCACAGUUUUGCAUACAAAGUCUUGCAUAGUUUGUUUUGUUUCGGUAUGUUAUAUUGAAAGUUUCUAAUAUUGCGUUGAUUCGAGCACAAUUCCCGCAGUAGAGCGAAACGUUGAUAGUGUUAACUAAAGGGUAAAACUCUGGAAAGUUGAGUGAAGUUCAACCUCGUGCUUCUCUGCGCGGGGUGAUAUUUCUUCUGCACGGCAGUCCGAGGGGAGCUGCACACCAGCGCAGCUUAGAGGGAACAUUGAUUGCUGGUGUAGUGAAAUGCUUGUGUUGCUAGCUCCAACAGUGCAGUAAUAUCUAACAAUACACACAAAUCUAAAAAAGUUGAAUGGAAUUAAGAAAUAUAGAAAUAUUAAGACGAGCGGUGUCGGAGUCCGUAGUACAAAUAUAUGUGUGUGAGUGAUGGGAUGUAUAGACAUGGAUAGAAUAUGUAGUAUAUCUGAAGAAUACGUAGGAUAAUAAUGUAACUUAGGCCUACUGUACGUCAAUAGAGGGUUUGGAUACAUAUCUAUUGCAUGAUCCACAUUAGACAGAAAAGGUGAGACUACAGAUUUGAGUGCUUGGAGGAGACAAGUACCUAAUAUUACAGGGCACCUGCUUCUCAAUGAGUGAUAAUCCAAAGAGCUUUCUCUGUGUUGCUGGGGGGAACCCCUGGCUACAAUGGGUUUACUCCAAGAUCAUCUCAUCAGGGAAGUCAAUUUGCUAAUCUGCUCGUUUCAUUCUCUCAGAUACUGAAACACCCAGCUGUCAGUGUCAGACAGUGGCAUAGGUUCGUAGUGGGGAAACACUCGCCAUCUUCCCUGUUUGGCAUAACAGAGAGUAGCCUACUUAGACUACUGAACUGUAGUCGCAAAGAUGCAACAAAAGGAUAGGCAUUGCUCUCAGAUGAAGAUCUGCGGGGGAGAUAUCCCAGCAGUGGCACCCUGUCACAGAGACUGGUGUGGAUAACAGACUAAAGAUCUGGUUUCACCCCCCCCUCCCCCCUCCCCCCUCCCAAGACGCUGACUGUAGACUAGAUGGGAGGGGCUGGCUGGCAUAUUUUGUUAAUCUCUUCAUUCACGGGACUAUGUCGUGUGGAUUGCAGAAACAAUCACUGAUGUCUGUCUCAGCAAUCUUGAUGUUGUUGUAAUGAAAUGUGAAGGUGAAGUUAAAAAACAACUUGAUUGAAUUAUGUUUUUAAACCUAUUAAUUCCUAUGGUUUUGAAUGUGAAACCCCUCUCACAGAUGAUCCCUUUCCCUUGUAGCAGUAUGCCACCAAAAUGUCUGGGAAAGAAUACACUGUGCAAAAAGUUUCAGUGAGCAUUCAGGUACUUUCAAAGGCAAAGCAUUGCAAUUUGCAAGAAUGACCUUCAUUGAUCACAAUAGUUGAAAACUAGGCCUACUUGUUCAAAGAGGCGUUUUGUUUGCUCUGUGCACCAAAGUAAUUUUGGAGCCUUCCAGUGAAACCUUAUGUUUACAGAAGUCCCAGUCUCCCAGCAAUAUCUUUGCCACACAACACACUUGUAUUCAGAGGGGGCUUUAAACUUAAUUCGCAAUGCAUGUGAAGAUAUCAUAGGACCCGUAGCGACUGUGGAACAUCAACCACUUACCUCCCUAGUGUUGAUUAAGAUCCCAGUGGGUUCAUCUGAUGGCAAUGUGAGUUGCUUUUAAUCAGAUAGCCGUGAGAUGGAUCUCAACACGCUGUCUGAGGGAAGCUUUGGUGUUUGAGGUGAGAACUGCUCAUCACUCUUCUUACCUCAGCGAUCUAUUUUACUGAGGCUAACAAAUGUGCCAUGGCUACACCUUUAAAAGUUUAAUAAGCGUAGUACAUGUCAUUGAAGUAGACAGACGUCAAUUUGAAGUUUGCGUCUAUACACUGACAGAAUCCCAGAGCGCACAGUUUGUCUGAGCUAAAUCGCUGCAACAUUCCUUUGUUGAGACCAAUGGAUGAAAUUACAUUUGAUCCAUGGUAGGCUCUCUAUGUUUUCAAAUAACCGUUUAUGUUUGACAUGUGAACUUGACCCAGUAUUGUGGCUUUCAGUGAUGGAUAAUUGUCACCAUUGUUACCCCCUGAUUUUAUCUCCUCAGGUCAUCAGUGAAGACUGCCUGUCCCAUUCCCGGAAGCUGAGUCCGGAGACAUAUGUCCCCAGUUUCGGUAGGUGCCCACUUCUGUCGCUUGCAUGCAUCAAGAGCUACCGCACAAGCUGACAAGGUGCAGUUCAGUUGUUGUCAGUGCCGAAGUUAGCCAGGCUAAACCAGCUUUGAAUAGGAUUAUCACACAGAGUCAAUGGAUCCAUACCAUUGCACGUCACUCAGAGCACCGGCAUGACUGAGUAGACAGAAGAGUGCCAUGCAGGUCUCGCGCAACGAGGAUUAAACAAAUUCAUAGCCGUUGGUUAUUGCCGUGCAUUAUAGGGAAAUAAUGGACACUCUAGAAUGCCGUUUAAGCCAAUCAGAAACGAGUAUUUAACAAUGCCAUGGUGUAAUUGCCUACAUUUUGCUGCUAUUGUUGGCAAGAGAUUGUGUACACAAGACAAGUACCAAUCAAGCCCAAUAUGGACAUUAACAUGCUUCAAAAUAAUUCACCCUUGAAAUCCUAACCCCUGUUGUGCUCUCCAUCUUGAACCGGUAUAAAAAUGUCUCUACAAGAAUGCAUAGGUAGGUAGAGCGUUGUGUAAUGUAUGGUGACAAUAUAUGGAGGUGUCCUUGAAGUGAGGGGGUGGUUCUUUCUCUAAACAUGGUUGAUGUGUCAGUGGGAGUCAGUCACUCCUCUUCAUGUUCCUGCUGUUUAGCGCCAAUGCCAUUCGUAGGCGUUCAAUAAAUAGACACUUAAUAUGAGACAUGGAGGCUGGCAUUGAGAAUGAGUUGUUGAGAAUGCAUUCAGUUAGUACUAAACCUUGAUCUGGUUCUCACUAUGAAAACAGUGUGAUCAAAUACAGUGGGGAGAACAAGUAUUUGAUACUUUUAUUUAUUUAUUUUAUUUCACCUUUAUUUAACCAGGUAAGCCAGUUGAGAACAGGUUCUCAUUUACAACUGCGACCUGGCCAAGAUAAAGCAAAGUAGUGCAAUAAAAACAACACAGAGUUACAUAUGGGGUAAAAAAAAAACAUAAAGUCAGAAAUACAACAGAAAAUAUAUAUAUAGUGUGUGCAAAUGUAGCAAGUUAUGGAGGUAAGGCAAUAAAUAGGCUAUAGUGCAGAAUAAUUACAAUAGUAUUAACACUGGAAUGCUAGAUGUGCAAGAGAUUAUGUGCAAAUAGAGAUACUGGGGUGCAAAAGAGCAAAAUAAAUAACAAUAUAGGGAUGAGGUAGUUGGGUGGGCUAAUUUCAGAUGGGCUGUGUACAGGUGCAGUGAUCGGUAAGGUGCUCUGACAACUGAUGCUUAAAGUUAUUGAGGGAGAUAAGAGUCUCCAGCUUCAGAGAUUUUUGCAAUGCCGAUUUUGCAGGUUUUCCUACUUACAAAGCAUGUAGAGGUCUGUAAUUUUUAUCAUAGGUACACUUCAACUGUGAGAGACGGAAUCUAAAACAAAAAUUCAGAAAAUCACAUUGUAUGAUUUUUAAAUAAUUCAUUUGCAUUUUAUUGCAUGACAUAAGUAUUUGAUCACCUACCAACCAGUAAGAAUUCCGGCUCUCACAGACCUGUUCGUUUUUCUUUAAGAAGCCCUCCUGUUCUCCACUCAUUACCUGUAUUAACUGCACCUGUUUGAACUCGUUACCUGUAUAAAAGACACCUGUCCACACACUCAAUCAAACAGACUCCAACCUCUCCACAAUGGCCAAUACCAGAGAGCUGUGUAAGGACAUCAGGGAUUAAAUUGUAGACCUGCACAAGGCUGGGAUGGGCUACAGGACAAUAGGCAAGCAGCUUGGUGAGAAGUGUCGUAGAAAUAUUUGACUAAUAAUGAAUCAACUCAAAAAUAUCUCUCAAGACACCAGAGCUUGUGAAUCCAAGAAUAAGACUUUAUUGCAUAACAAAGCCGAGCUUGCUCUAUGGAACAACUGUCUCUCUCUGGCUUAGACAUCCCUUUUAUACUUACACACAAAUGAACAAACAUGCGUACAUUCCUAACUUAUUUUAGUUCUGCACCUUCUUUUUCAACGUCCAGCUGUCACACAAUGUCCACUCCAAAAGGUCAUGAAUGCUUUUUUCUAUAUGAAGCCUCUCAUUCUAUCAUUCUAUUGGCUGCGUGGCUUAGGCCCCUUCUUAAAAAAGAACUAAUGUAAUGCAUACCAUGUGUCCAUAACAAGCCCAUGGGCCACAGUUUGAGAGCCCCUGCGACAGAGCACAUAUAUUCAUUUAAACAUAUUCAUGCUUAUUACUAAUAUUAUUAUUUUACCUUUGACCUCUCCCUACAUUUGCCUUAAUGAUACAUAAAAUAAUACCAUAGAAGGCAACAACUGUUGGCGCAAUUAUUAGAAAAUGGAAGAAGUUCAAGAUGACGGUCAAUCACCCUCGGUCUGGGGCUCCAUGCAAGAUCUCACCUCGUGGGGCAUCAAUGAUCAUGAGGAAGGUGAGGGAUCAGCCCAGAACUACACGGCAGGACCUGGUCAAUGACCUGAAGAGAGCUGGGACCACAGUCUCAAAGAAAACCAUUAGUAACACACUACGCCGUCAUGGAUUAAAAUCCUGCAGCGCACGCAAGGUCCCCCUGCUCAAGCCAGCGCAUGUCCAGGCCCGUCUGAAGUUUGCCAAUGACCAUCUGGAUGAUCCAGAGGAGGAAUGGGAGAAGGUCAUGUGGUCUGAUGAGACAAAAAUAGAGCUUUUUGGUCUAAACUCCACUCGCCGUGUUUGGAGGAAGAAGAAGGAUGAGUAGAACCCCAAGAACACCAUCCCAACCGUGAAGCAUGGAGGUGGAAACAUCAUUCUUUGGGGAUGCUUUUCUGCAAAGGGGACAGGACGACUGCACCGUAUUGAGGGGAGGAUGGAUGGGGCCAUGUAUCGCGAGAUCUUGGCCAACAACCUCCUUCCCUCAGUAAGAGCAUUGAAGAUGGGUCGUGGCUGGGUCUUCCAGCAAGACAAUGACCCGAAACACACAGUCAGGGCAACUAAGGAGUGGCUCCGUAAGAAGCAUCUCAAGGUCCUGGAAUGGCCUAGUCAGUCUCCAGACCUGAACCCAAUAGAAAAUCUUUGGAGGGAGCUGAAAGUCCGUAUUGCCCAGCGACAGCCCCGUAACCUGAAGGAUCUGGAGAAGGUCUGUAUGGAGGAGUGGGCCAAAAUCCCUGCUGUAGUGUGUGCAAACCUGGUCAAGAACUACAUGAAACGUAUGAUCUCUGUAAUUGCAAACAAAGGUUUCUGUACCAAAUAUUAAGUUCUGCUUUUCUGAUGUAUCAAAUACUUAUGUCAUGCAAUAAAAUGCAAAUUAAUUACUUAAAAAUCAUACAAUGUGAUUUUCUGGAUUUUUGUUUUAGAUUCCGUCUCUCACAGUUGAAGUGUAACUAUGAUAAAAAUUACAGACCUCUACAUGCUUUGUAAGUAGGAAAACCUGCAAAAUCGGCAGUGUAUCAAAUACUUGUUCUCCCCACUGUACAUUCAUUUUCUGUUCUCUGUAGACAGAGGAGAAUAUAUGAGGUAUUGAUUGUGAGGUAGGAAGGCCAGUAAUUGCUAAAGUUGAUGAAAGCAAUAGUUAGCUACAAUAAUUUAUCAGUUCCUCCACUUUGCAGUCACAGUUGGUUUUUGAUCACGGCUACCACCCUGUAAGAGGCUUCCUUCCCAUUGCCGUCAACUAGCCCACGUUUGACUCACUCUGAAAAGCCCCAGUCAGACAGCCAGAGGCAGAGUGGUCAGGAGAAAAGAUCUCAAAGGAAGGAAAGGACCAGACUAGGUGGGCAAACUAAUAGAGAUUAUACAGUGGAUACUGUGUCAUAAACAUGGUAUCAUCUCAAGCGGGGAUGCUAGCGAUAGUACUUAGGUAUUAAAUUGCCAGGGUCUUUGUGUGCAACUUGACCUCUCAUCAAGAUGCCUUACAAUGAAACAGUGAAGCAGCUCCAUGAUCUCGCCAUCACGGUUGACAACUCCGUUGUGUCCUCCUCCCAGAGUGCAAAGAACCUUGGCGUGACCCUGGACAACACCCUGUCGUUCUCCGCUAACAUCAAAGCGGUGACCCGAUCCUGUAGGUUCAUGCUCUACAACAUUCGCAGAGUACGACCCUACCUUACACAGGAAGCGGCACAGGUCCUAAUCCAGGCACUUGUCAUCUCCCGUCUGGAUUACUGCAACUCGCUGUUGGCUGGGCUCCCUGCCUGUGCCAUUAAACCCCUACAACUCAUCCAGAACGCUGCAGCCCGUCUGGUGUUCAACCUUCCCAAGUUCUCUCAUGUCACCCCGCUCCUCACGUCACACUCCACUGGCUUCCAGUUGAAGCCCGCAUCUGCUACAAGACCAUGGUGCUUGCCUACGGAGCUGUGAGGGGAACGGCACCUUCGUACCUUCAGGCUCUGAUCAGUCCCUACACCCAAACGAGGUCAUUGCGUUCAUCCACCUCUGGCCUGCUGGCCCCCCUACCUCUGCGGAAGCACAGUUCCCGCUCAGCCCAGUCAAAACUGUUCGCUGCUCUGGCACCCCAAUGGUGGAACAAGCUCCCUCACGACGCCAGGACAGCGGAGUCACUCACCACCUUCCGGAGACACUUGAAACCCCACCUCUUUAAGGAAUACCUGGGAUAGGAUAAAAGUAAUCCUUCUAUUUAUUUUUUACUUAUUGGCAAAUCACGAUAUAUAUCUCGAUUUCUUGAAUGUUUUCUCUAAAUAAGCUUUGUUGUAAACAUUUCAAAGGUCAAAUACACUGCAUUUCAAACAGUCAGCAAUAAUCUAAUAAAUUCAGGGUUUGUGAAAUUAUACCUAGGCCAAAUAUAAGCCUUCCACAACCAUAAGACCCACUAAUAAUUACAUUAUUUUAUCAAAAUAGUGUAACCUGCUUUUUUCCAAUAAUCACAGAUCUCUGUCUUUCAAGGAUGUCUAUGAAAAUGGCCUUUUUGUAAAAAAAAAUAACCAGAACCAUGCAUAAUGCACAUUCACUGAUAAUGACUAACUUCUUGUAGCAGGCAUUAUAGAAAAUUAACACUUAACACAGGUUUCAUAAACAAUCUCUCAAGCACAAGCCCCCGUGCUAGGGAGUAGCCAGCUAAUCUUUAUAUUUCAAGUUUAGCCAACUUGGAUCUAUUCGCUAGCUAACAAGGUAGAACAGUUGAAUUGUUAUGAACACACCCUUCUGUCUGUCUCCAACUGUUUGAACAGCAUGUUAGCCUGUCCACUUUGUUUAGAUGUUGAAAUCAAGUGGCCUACCUUAUUUCUCAGAAUGAGAACAAGUUGCCAAUUCCUUAUACACUGAGUGUACAAAACAUUAUGAACUCUUUCUAUGACAUAGACUGACCAGGUGAAAGCUAUGAUCCCUUAUUGAUGUCACUUGUUAAAUCCACUUCAAUCAGUGUAGAUGAAGGGGAAGAGACAGGUACAUUUUUUUUUUUUUUAAGCCUUGAGACAAUUGAGACAUGGAUUGUGUGUGUGUGCCAUGGAGGGUAAAUCGGCAAAACAAAAGAUUUAAGUGCCUUUGAACGGGGUAUGGUAGUAGGUGCCAGGCACACUCAUUUGUCAAGAACUGCAACGCUGCUGGGUUUUUCAUUGUCAACAGUUUCCCAUGUGGGAAAAAUUGAGCAUUCAUUUUCCAGAAUCAAUGUUCACUGAUACUCCUGUUUUAGUAGUGUCUGCUCUGUGCACACUUUGAGGAGUUGAUACAUAAAAAGGGUAUCGUUAGAAAGGUUAACUACUCCUCUAUUACAGUAAAAUAAUGUCUCAAUGUCUUUCGGUGUCCAAAUUACCGAUUCUGUUGGACCAAACCUCAAAUGCAAUUAGUGAUUUGAAACCGCUUGUCAGAGAGGAAGAAGUGAUCUCUCAUUUAGUUGUGAGUGGCAGGGGGAGGGGGUUGGUGUGUGUGAGUAAAUGGGAAGGUGCACACAGCACAGAAAGAGCGAAGGAGACGAGACCAAAAAGACAACAUGAGAACAAGCGGGCAUAAACGCUCAGACAUACGAAAAAUAUACAGGCAUCGCUCUAAAAACGUAAAUUAUCAUUAAUAAAAUUAAUUCGAUAUAUUGCCCAUCCCUACGGUAUACCUAUGUAAUCUAACACAAUGCUGAAUGUAGUACUCUAAGUGAAGACUAUUGAAUCAGGUGUCUUGGGAAUUUGAAAUGAGUCCAAAAUAUUGUACAAGACUUUGCUAAAGUAGCCUACAAAUAAUGUAAAAUGAUAAUGCAAUAUUCCUGCUGUAUGUUUUUUGCUAGUAAAGCAUGCAGUGGAAUACAAAAGUAAAACUUGUGUGUGUGAGUUAUAAGUGUUUCGGGGUGGGGAGUGUGUAGCCACUGUUUACAAGAUCAGCCUGUGCUCGCAGGCAAGACUGGACUUGGCUCUUUUUACAGCAGGCUACAGAACACGGCAGCAACUUUUACUGCACAGUAUGAACAAAUAGUGUCCGAACAAAUGUCCCCCUCCGCUGCUCUCUCAUAAAAUCUGUUUUCCAACGUUACUGAACGAAUGGGUUUGUCAAUGGAUGUUUUAACUAAGCUUUGGCUUAGCCAAAGGUAUUAAACCUAGACAGAAUAAUUUAUCAAGUGAAACAAACUAGGAUCAGAUGACAUUCCCCUGCCAGGCACUGGGCUCACAAGCCAGCCUGACCUCAGCUUUAGCUUGGCCUCAAUGAAGAGGACUCCAUUGACCAUAUCACUUUGAAACUAAACAUGAGUUGCUGAAGCCCCCAGCAACCAGUCAUCAUAUUGUAUUGAUAGACAAUAUAUUAUGGUUAUGUGGUACGCUACAGUAAUAGCUGAUUCGUUGUCCUCUAGGUUCUGCAGAGCCCCAUAAACCCCUGUCCUCUAGGAGGGAAUCCCCGAGACGCUUAAGAAGAAGUGGGAGCCUUGACUUGGACCCUGACAUCUUUAAAUCUACCAACUUCUCUGAUGCAGAGGGAGGUGAGGAAGUCUUUACUCUGCUCAGCCUAUGUGCCUUCUACAGAACAGUUUCAUUGAAAGGGUCAUUGAAAGGUAACUGAAGGAUCUUUGUGUUGCAGUGGUACACAAGGCCCAUCUCCUCUCUGGGACCUCCAGCUUUGAGCGCACCUUCUCCAACCCCUCGGCCCAGGGCACCUUCCUACUGCCCUCCUACCCUCUAGCUACACUCCCUGGGGGCCGGCUGACCCCAACACUGUCCCGCCGCCGCGCUGACUCCUCACUGUCAAUGUCCAACACUUGGCCCAACAAGAGAGAGAGCAGCCCCCAAAGACGAGACCCCAGCCCCUGGAAAGACAUAUCAAGUAUGGGUCUGGUAUCUACUGCAUAUUGGGUAGAUCUUGAUAGUCAUGUAAUUUAGUUGAGGCAUGUUGUUGAGUGCUUUCUUUGUCCCCACAGGUGAAUUCUCAUCCAGCAGGUGUUCUCCACAGCCUCUCCGUGCCUCUCUGGUGAGCUCCUCAUCUACCUCGUCUUUCCGUCAGGCUCUGAGCGGGAUGCGGAACGUGCUGCCUGUCUCCCCAUCCCCAGGGCUUCCCCUGCCAGAGCGGGGCCAGUCUCAGAAUGGCCAGCGGUCUAGUCCUCUAGCUCCAUCUCCAUCCAGCCUGCAGGACCACCUGUCUGAGAGGAACCUUCACCUAGAUCUGGAUCACCUCAGCCUGCAGGACCAAGACCAGGAAGAGGACCCCCUGGACCGGCAGGAGGUCAGGAUCAAUGUUUUACACACAAGGCUAUGCUUAGUGAAGUCUCCAGAUGUAUUUAGCUAGGACACUGUCUUAAAGCUACCAUCUUGCCAUCUGGCCAUCAGGGAUUUAUUCAUAUCUGUACUCAGGAUAACUCAGUGCAUGAAUAUGGAAUGUGGAUCAUGUUUCCCCUUCAUUAGUGCAGUGGUGGUGAAAUGGGUCAUAUUUGGGACUAAGUAUCUGUGAUGUAAUGUUAGUGCUGGGUGAGUAGUACUUGACAUCUAAAUUGUCAUGGAUAUAACACCCAUGCAUAAAAUAUUAUCUGUAUGCACAGAACCCUCUUGCCUUGCUCUCAGGUUGCUGAUGAGCUAAUGUGUUGAUGUUUAUAGAUGCUGAACUCCCUGCGCUCCCUGCGCUGCAGCGCAGCUAAGAAGAAGGCCAAGGUGAGUCUGAGUGGCUCAGGCUCAGACCCAGAUAGCCCAGACUCAGCCAUGAAACUGGAACUGGCUCUGGACUCCCCCUCUCACAACUCCCCCACCGUCACCAGCCCAGCCAGCGAGAGCGGCCUCUCCAGCCUCUACUCACCCCCAAACGCCACCCUCAAUGGCACCAAAACCAGGUACUAGAUUCUAAGACCUAAGUAGACAACCAGUAGACUCUUGAACUAAGUUGAACCAAAUUAGAUCCUGUUUCAAGAAUUAUUGGGGGCAAAUGGGUCAUGCUAUGAUGGUCACACUUUCAAGACACACACACCAAGGUAUGAUGGAUCUGAUUUCCCUCUUGAUGACUCACCUCUGACCUCUUUCAAAAGCCCUGGGAAUUCUGCCUCCUCCUCAACAAAGCCUCACAUUGCUAGAGUGCCUUCUGCUAAGCUGAGGUCUUCCGUCUCCAUGGACUUCAGUGCCCUUCAAGGUACAGUGAGGAUUUAACAUGUAAAAGGAUCUCUCUUAUUACUGGCUGAGUCAUUGUUUCUAUUUAGCUCAAAUGGUGUUUGUGUGUUUUCUCCACCAGGCUUUCCACUCAGAGAUAAAAUCACACCUGAAGUGAGUGUGGUUGGUCAAAGAGUCACCUACUCGAACGGACCAAUGGAACCUGAGGAAGAGGACCGGACUACAGAAUACUCUCCACCCCCAAGUAGACAAGCCUGCCGCGAGCCAAUCAGAGCCCUGAGGCCUGCCAAAGGUCAGUCACUGGAGGAGGUCUGCUCCAUUGAGGCAUAUCGUUGUCUAAAAACAAUGUAUUUUCAUUAUGUUUGCAAUUUGUUGUUUGUCCAAUACUACACUGAACAAAAAUAUAAACACAACAUGUAAAGUGUUGCUCCCAUGUUUCAUGAGCUGAAAUAAAAUAUCCCAGAAAGUUUCCAUACGCACAAAAAGCUUAUUUCUCUAAAAUGUUGUGCAUAAAUUAGUUUACAUCCCUGUUAGUGAGCAUUUCUCCUUUGCCAAGAUAAUCCAUCCACCUGACAGGUGUGGCAUAUCAAGAAGCUGAUUAAACAGCAUGAUCAUUACACAGGUGCACCUUGUACUGGGGACAAUAAAAGGCCACUCUAAAAUGUGCAGUUUUGUCACACAACACAAUGCCACAGAUGUGUCAAGUUUAGAGGGAGCAUGCAAUUGGCAUGCUGGCUGCAGGAAUGUCCUUCAGAAUGUUCAUUUCUCUACCAUAAGCCACCUCCAACAUCGUUUUAGAGAAUUUGGCAGUACGUCCAACCGGCCUCACAACCGCAGACCACAUGUAACCACGCCAGCCCAGGACCUCCACAUCCGGCUUCUUCACCUGCGGGAUCAUCUGAGACCAGCCACCCGGACACUGUGGGUUUGUACAACUGAAUAAUUUUUGCACAAACUGUCAGAAACCGUCUCAGGGAUGCUCAUCUGCGUGCUCGUUGUCCCCACCAGGGUCUUGACCUGACUGCAGUUCGGCGUCGUAUCCUACUUCAAUGGGAAAAUGCUCACCUUCGAUGGCCACUGGCACGCUGUAGAAGUGUUCUUCAGGGAUGAAUCCCAGUUUAAUCUGUACUGGGCAGAUAGCAGACAGCAUGUAUGGCGUCGUGUGGGCGAGCGGUUUGCUGAUGUCAACGUUUUGAACAGAGUGCCCAAUGGUGGUGGAGGGGCUAUGGUAUGGGCAGGCAUAAGCUACGUACAAUGAAGACAAUUGCAUUUUAUCGAUGACAAUUUGAAUGCCAUUGAGAUCCUCAGGCCCAUUGUCGUGCCAUUCAUCUGCCGCCAUCACCUCAUGUUUCAGCAUGAUAAUGCACGGCCCCAUGUCGUAAGGAUCUGUACACAAUUCCUGGAAGCUGAAAAUGUCCCAGUUCUUCCAUGGCCUGCAUACUCACCAGACAUGUCACCCGUUGAGCAUGUUUGGGAUGCUCUGGAUUGACGUGUUCCAGUUUGACAGCGUGUUCCAGUUCCCGCCAAUAUCAACUUCGUACAGCCAGUGAAGAGGAGUGGGACAACUUUCCACAGGCCACAAUCAACAGCCUAAUCAACUCUAUGCGAAGGAGAUGUGUCGCACUGCAUGAGGCAAAUGGUGGUCACACCAGAUACUGACUGGUUUUUAAAAAGUUAUCUGUGACCAACAGAUGCAUAUCUGUAUUCCCAGUCAUGUGAAAUCCAUAAAUUAGGGGCUAAUGAAUUUAUCUCAAUUAACUCAUUUCCUUAUAUGAACUGUAACUCAGUGAAACAUUAGAAAUUGUUGCAUGUUGCGUUUAUAUUUUUGUUCAGUGUAUGUGUUUCUCCAUUCUCUGUUCCUCAGGGUCCCAGAGCUACAGCAACAGGAACUCACCACCCACUGACAUGCCUGAAGGUGUGGUUGGCAGAGGUCAGGCCUUAUCCGUCUCCUCUUAUUUACGACUCUGUGCCCUUGUUCAGAUGUCCAAUAUUGUGUUCUGAGGUCAUGGUGUUCUGGCUCAGGGCUGUGCCAAGUCUCACAGUACACAAGGCCAUACCUGGGGCCACACAGUAUCAGGGCCAAGUUUAAAGAAUUGUUUGGAAUAACUCUUGUAGUUGGCAAUACACUUAGCAUUGGCACAUAAACAGAUGCUAAGACUUGCAGAGGCGAGAGCAUGCCAUAUUUUGGAAGUCAUCACUGCUUACAGUAUUCUCUAGCUAUGUGAAUACACUAUACUGCUCAAGGUUUCAGCUUUGCUGAAUAAUGGUGUCAAUGAAAACUAGCUUAAGCACUCUUGAAUCUUCCUCACCUCCCCCAUCUGCAGGAGUGUUUGACUCGGUGGUUCUGUCCAGCCGUCCAGGCGUUGCCAUGUCGAUGGAGCAGGGCGACUGUAUGACCAGGCUGCCCAGUGACCCCCCAGCUGGCAUUUACGGCCAUGCUGUCCCCGGCAACCACCUGGACCCCGACGACAGCCCAGACACAGAGGUGGCCAGGGUGAGCAGGUCCACCAUACUGUACAUACACCACCAACAACCUCUUUGAUACUACAUUUCUCAUUAGGCUGCAGAUUGGGGGAAAAUGCCCUCUACCACUGCUAUCAGUCUGUGGAAUGUGUGUACCUGGGGGGUUGUGUGUUCGUGUGCAGGAUAAGGAGAAGGUGAGAAUGACAAGGUUUGCUCGGGACAAGAUGCGGCAGCACCGAUUGGAGCAGCAGGAGGGCCAGCCCGCCCUGGGAGAUCGCCAGAGAGCUGACAGGAUGCGUCUGCGCCUCAGACAGGUGCAAAAUGACAUGGCUACAGAGGAUACAGCAGCCAUUUCCAACGGUGCAAUGUUUCUUCCUUAACUCUCCAUGGCUAUCCUUUACCCUAGUACAAUAUUUCACUUCAUGCACUAGAAUCUAGAUAAACUGGCUUUUGUAAUGUUGCAAUAAUUUGGGUAAUUUUUACUCUGACAGUAGCAUGUCUUCCUGCUUGUGCGUGUGGCUCAUCUCUAUAAUGUUUGUUCUUCCCCUAACAGACUUGCAUUUGAACGGGGGCAUGGGGACGUCCACCAAGGCUGACUCUCUCCAAGACCAGUCUCAUACCAGCCCCCAGGGACCCCAGAGCCCCAUUAAAUGUUUCAGUCCCCCCCACCAGCCCAGCCCCCCCACGGUCCCUCCCAACCCCAGGAGCACCCAGCCCCGCCUGAGGAGGGCUGCCAGUCUCAGCAGGGCACGGCUGUCUCUCUCACACAGCUCAGGUCAGUGUAACAGUCUGGCAGUCAUGUAAUCUCUGUCUCUUUGCAUCUUUGCAGUUAUAGGGUUAUUCUAAAGUGCAGUUAUUUACGGUUAUAGCAGUUAAAGCUCUACACUGCUUUUAAUUAUAGUGUUCAAUACAGACCUGUUUGUUCUGUGAUUUCUCUGAUUAAUUUUUACAACUUAAUUAUGUUUUUUUAACAUGGUGAAUAGAUUAGUCAACACAUCAUAUCUCAUUCAAGCAUGAAGGUGUAGCCAGAUUCUAAAGUGUUUUAGUGCACUACUAAUUAGACCAUCACAGCCCCAACAGUAGCAGAGCUUAGCAACGCUAAAUGAGAUGUUCUCUUAGAUAAUGGAGUGCAAUGCUUUGUUUUAGUGAGUGCAUACAUUUUCAUACUGGCCCCCCCGUGGGAAACGAACAAGCGCCAUGCUCUACCAACUGAGCUACAGGGGACUAGUGUUGUAUUUCAUUAUAUGGUUGUCCUCCAGAUGAGAUGUCCCCAGGCACUCCCAGCCAGAAGAGAGACCUGACAGAGCAGCCUGAACUACGGCCCUUCUCCAAACCUGAGCUAGCACUAACACAGAGCUUCAAACUCCUCAACUCAGACGACUGGUGAGCUUUAUUCUUUGGAUCCCUAUUAACUGACGCUUUAGCAACCACUAAUCUUCCUGGGGUCCAACUGAACCCCACCUCCAGCAUUUAAAGUAACUGUCCAGUGUUUCCAGAUGUCUAUGAAAUAUGACUUAUAAUUCAUUAAAAUGAGUCAAAUCGUUUUUUCUUCCCAUAAAUUGUAAUUAAGUAUGUUAAAAAGCAGAUUUUCUGUGUUGGAAUGGUGUGGGCAUACCCCAACAACAGAAUGGAGUGGCUGCAAUUCCGAAUUUUCUGGAACACAACUUUUUGUAGCUAAAUACACUACAUGACCAAAUGUUUAUGGACACCUGCUCGUCGAACAUCUCAUCUCAUUCCAUAAUCAUAUGGAGUUGGUCCCCCCUUUGCUGCUAUAACAGCCUCCACUCUUCUGGGAAGGUGCUGCAGGGACUUGCUUCCAUUCAGCCACGAGCAUUAGUUAGGUCGGUCACUGAUGUUGGGCGAUUAGGCCUGGCUCAUAGUCGACGUUCCAAUUAAUCCCAAAGGUGUUUGAUGGGAUUGAGAUCAGGGCUCUGUGCAGGCCAGUCAAGUUCUUCUACACCGAUCUCGACAAACCAUUUCUGUAUGGACCUCGCUUUGUGCACGGGGGCAUUGUCAUGCUGAAACAGGAAAGGGGCUUCCCCAAACUGUUGACACAAAGUUGGAAGCACAGAAUAAUCUAGAAUGUAAUUGUAUGCUGUAGCGUUAAGAUUUCCCUUCACUGGAACUAAGGGGCCUAGCCCGAACCAUGAAAAACAGCCCCAGACCAAUAUUCCUCCUCCACCAAACUUUACAGUUGGCACUAUGCAUUGGGGUAGGUAGCAUUCUCCUGGCAUCCGCCAAACCAAGAAUUGUCCGUCAGACUGCCAGAUGGUGAAGUGGGAUUCAUCACUCCAGAGAACGCGUUUCCACUACUCCAGAGUCCAAUGGUGGCGAGCUUUACACCACUCCAGCCGACACUUGGCAAUUGCGCAUGGUGAUCUUAGGCUUGUUUGCGGCUGCUCGGCCAUGGAAACCCAUUUCAUGAAGCUCCAGACGAACAGUUAUUGUGCUGACGUUGCUUCUAGAGGCAGUUUGGAACUCAUAAGUGUUGCAACCGAGGACAGACGAUUUUUACGCGCCACGCGCUUCAGAAAUCGGUGGUCCCGUUCUGUAAACUUAUGUGGCCUACCACUUUGCGGCUGAGCCGUUGUUAUUCCUAGACAUUUCCACUUCACAAUAACAACACUUACAGUUGACCGGGCAGCUCUACCAGGGCAGAAAUUUGAUGAACUGACUUGUUGGAAAGGUGGCAUCCUAUGACAGUGCCACGUUGAAUGUCACUGAGCUCUUCAGUAAGGCCAUUCUACUGCCAAUGUUUCCUAUGGAGAUUGCAUGGCUUUGUGCUCGAUUUUAUACACGUGUCAGCAACGGGUGUGGCUGAAAUAGGCGAAUCCACUAAUUUGAUGGGGUGUCCACAUACUUUUCUAUAUAUAGUGUAUAUAGAGAAUUCUGCGCAUGUGCAGGAUCCGCUACCGCUUCCCCCUCCGUGGCCUUUCAGCUGCUGCUCAGUGCUCCGCUGCCGCUUAUACACGCAAGACAGUUUGAACAUACGUAGUUCUUUGUCUGUUAUAACAGUAAUCUAUUGCAAACAUAAGCACGACACAACAGGCAGUGUAGCGAUUUCAUGUGCAAACAUUGGCUAUUGGGAGGCAGACAGGCAGUCAAAGUCGUAGUGUUCUUUAUUCAGCAACUCUGGCUAUAUGGCAGCAUAAAUAUAAAGAUUGCAUCAUCACACAAAACGCUGAUAGUUUUGCCCCAAUGCAAUAUGUAGACUGCGUCUUGCUUGUGCUACGGCAAUAUCCGUUACAACAGAUAGAAUUUUGUAGCCUUCAUAAUAUAUUUUUGAAAUGUUCGUUCAAAUCGCUGCAGGUUUUUAUUUCAGCUGUUCAGAAAUAUGAGGCAGAGACAUAGGAUACAUCAUCAUGACGAUCAAAUUGUUUGAGGGUUCAGAAGAGGGUGAGGAGAGAUCCGUGAAUGUGUGCGUAAAAUAACACGUGUGUCGAACAUGAUCCAUAUCCUUAGCUUUGAAAAAGAGGUUUCCAGAGAGGCAGAACAGGGGUGAAAACUUGAGUAUUUGCAACCACGGCCGCAACAGAAAGAUGUGGGCAUAUACCGGCCAUUUAAAAAUAUUCAUGCGAGUAGACCGCUGUUUGGCCAGCUCAACCAAUGAGCCAACAUGACAUGUUCUAUGAUUUUUUUAAACAGUCUGUUUGAGAUACAAGUUUGAGUUGGGAGUUUUUUACAGUGCCUUCGGAAAGUAUUCAGACCCCUUGACUUUUACCACAUUUCGUUAUGUUACAGCCUUAUUCUAAAAUGGAUUUAAAAAAUAAUAAUCCUCAUCAAUCUACACACAAUACCCCAUAAUGACAAAGCAAAAACAGUUUUUUUGAAAUGUUAGCAAAUUUAUAAAAAUAAAAAACAGAAAUACCUUAUUUACAUAAGUAUUCAGACCCUUCGCUAUGAGACUCGAAAUUGAGCUCAGGUGCAUCCUGUUUCCAUUGAUCAUCCUUGAGAUGUUUCUACAACGUGAUUGGAGUCCACCUGUGGUAAAUUCAAUUGAUUGGACAUGAAUUGGAAAGGCACACACCUGUCUAUAUAAGGUCCCAUAGUUGACAGUGCAUGUCAGAGCAAAAACCAAGCCAUGAGGUCGAAGGAAUUGUCCGUAGAGCUCCGAGACAGGAUUGUGUUGCGGCACAGAUCUGGGGAAGGGUACCAAAACAUUUCUGCAGCAUUGAAGGUCCCCAAGAACACAUUGGCCUCCAUAAUUCUUAAAUGGAAGACGUUUGGAACCACCAAGACUCUUCCUAGAGCUGGCCGCCCGGCCAAACUGAGCAAUCGGGGGAGAAGGGCCUUGGUCAGGGAAGUGACCAAGAACCCGAUGGUCACUCUGACAGAGCUCCAAGGUUCCUCUGUGGAGAUGGGAGAACCUUCCAGAAGGACAACCAUCUCUGCAGCACUCCACCAAUCAGCCCUUUAUGGUAAAGUGGCCAGACAGAAGCCACUACUCAGUAAAAAGCACAUGACAGCCUGCUUGGAGUUUGCCAAAAGGCACCUAAGACUCUCAGACAAUGAGAAACAAGAUUGUGCUUAGGGUCGUUGUCCUGUUGGAAGGUGAACCUUCGCCCCAGUCUGAGGUCCUGAGUGCUCUGGAGCAGGUUUUCAUCAAGAAUCUCUCUGUACCUUGCGCCGUUCAUCUUUCCCUCGAUCCUUUCCCAGUCCCUGCCGCUGAAAAACAUCCCCACAGCAUGAUGCUGCCACCACCAUGCUUCACCGUAGGGAUGGUUCCAGGUUUCAUCUAGACGUGAUGCUUGGCAUUCAGGCCAAAGAGUUCAAUCUUGGUUUCAUCAGACCAUCUGAUGAACGACCCUAAGCACACAGCCAAGACAACGCAGGAAUGGCUUUAGGACAAGUCUCUGAAUGUCCUUGAGUGGCCUAGCCAGAGCCCAGACUUGAACUCGAUCGAACAUCUCUGGAGAGACCUGAAAAUAGCUGUGCAGCAAUGCUCCACAUCCAACCUGACAGAGCUUGAGAGGAUCUGCAGAGAUGAAUCCAUCAUACCGAAGAAGACUCAAGGCUUUAAUCACUGCUUCAACAAAGUACUGAGUUAAGGGUCUGAAUACUUAUGUAAAUGUAAUAUUUCAGGGUUUUUUAUUUUAUAUAUUUGCAAAAAUAUCUACAAUCCUGGUUUUGCUUUGUCAUUAUUGGGUAUUGUGUGUAGAUUGAUGAGGGGGAAAAAAACAAUUUCAUCCAUUUUAGAACAAGGCUGUAACAUAACAAAAUGUGUAAAAAGUCAAGGGGUCUGAAUACUUUCCGAAUGCACUGUAAGUGUUUUCUCUCCAAUUAUGCUUUGGCCAGAAAUACGAGUAUAGGACGAGUCAACAACAUUAUUUGUGUAUGAGUUAACAGAAUAUGAACUUUUCACUGGACUUUUCAUUUUUUCACUGGACAGUUACUUUAAUCAGAUGCUAUACUUAAACAUUGUCUAGUAAGACCCUAUGUCAAAAGUCAAUGUAUUAUUGUUCUAUGCAUAUAAGCAAUGGAUUGGAUUUACUCAAUUUCUAUUUCUCUAUUUUUGAUUGAAGGGAGAAGAAGAUUGAGGGCCUGACCUUUCUCCGUGGUCUGACUCAUUACCAUUCAGACAUACUGCUGAACAGGCUGCAUGACGUCUGUCUCGCACUCAUCCAAGAGGUACGACCACAACUCCUCAUUCAUGUGAAACGGCAGUCCAUUGUCCUGGGGACCCUCAUCCAAUCUCCUUCUAAUCAUAAUCUCAGCCUCAAUCAAUUCAGUACAGGGUGGUCCUUGUAGACUUUAGCCCUCAAUGAUUGAUUUUCCAAUGUCCUGAUGAGGACAUUUGACCAUUCAAGCCCUUACUCAGAUGUCUGAUUAUAAUUUUUUAUAUAAUUUAAUGAUAUCAACAUCUGAGUGUAUUGCUCCCCAGGUGAGGAACCUUCGUUCAGGUGUGUCCCGUGUUGCGGUUGGGGCGAUGGGUGAGCUGUACACCGCGCUGCAGAAGGGCAUGGACCAGGAGCUGGAGGGCACGGCCAAGGCUCUGCUGCAGAAGGCUGGGGAGACCAACGCCUUCAUCAGGCAGGAUGUGGAUGCAGCGUUGGACAGCAUGGUGCAACACUGCACCCCCACACGCAGCCUGAACGCCCUGCUCACCAGCGGCCUCAGGUCAGACACACUCACCUCACCAGAUAGCACUUUCAGCUGUUCUUCACCUGAAUUAGGACUACAUGCUUUGCUUGUAGAUAUUACAUUUUUAUCAUGCUUGUAUCUUAUCAUUAAAAUAGGCCAUUAGGCUUUAUUUUCUAUGUGGUGCUGACCACAUCCCUGAUAUUGUCUCUUGUGAACAGUCACCUGAACUCCGUGGUGAGGAAGUGCGCGGGUCAUCACAUGGCCAACCUGAUGGAGAACAUUGGUGCUGCCCGUCUGCUGUCUGGAGGGAAAGACCUCACUGACCGAAUCCUACCUGCCGUCACCAAGCUGGCACAAGACUCCUCCCAGGAAGCUAGGUAGGGAGGAAAUUCUGUUUAAUACCAAUGAGUGUCUGUUUUAAUACCAGCAAGUGUAUCUGUUAUCAAUAGAGUGAGUGGCAUUGUUUGACUCUGAGGCUGUUCUGCCCCUCAGGUACCAGGGGCGCCGAAUGCUGCUGUUUCUGUCACCGCACCGUGAUUUCGAUAAGAUGUUGGAGAAAUAUAUCCCUGCCAAAGACCUGGCUCCCAUCAGAGACACUAUCUUCACACUGAAGACUAAGGUACAGAACACUGUCUUCACAUUGAAGACUAAGUUACAGAACACUGUCUUCACACUGAAGACUAAGGUACAGAACACUGUCUUCACACUGUAGACUAAGGUACAGAACACUGUCUUCACACUGUAGACUAAGGUACAGAACACUGUCUUCAUACUGAAGACUAAGGUACAGAACACUGUCUUCAUACUGAAGACUAAGGUACAGAACACUGUCUUCACACUGUAGACUAAGGUACAGAACACUGUCUUCACACUGUAGACUAAGGUACAGAACAUUGUCUUCACACUGUAGACUAAGGUACAGAACACUGUCUUCACACUGUAGACUAAGGUACAGAACACUGUCUUCAUACUGAAGACUAAGGUACAGAACACUGUCUUCACACUGUAGACUAAGGUACAGAACACUGUCUUCACAUUGAAGACUAGGUACAGAACACUGUCUCACACGUAGACUAAGGUACAGACACUGUCUUCACACUGUAGACUAAGGUACAGAACAUUGUCUUCACACUGUAGACUAAGGUAAGAACACUGUCUUCACACUGUAGACUAAGGUACAGAACACUGUCUUUGGAUUCUUCAGACAGCAUUGAGGAGUACACCACAUCAGUCACUGGCUUCAUCAAUAAGUGCAUCGAUGAUGUCGUCCCCACAGUGACCGUACGUACAUACCCCAACCAGAAGCCAUGGAUUACAGGAAACAUCCGCACUGAGCUAAAGGGUAGAGCUGCCGCUUUCAAGGAACGGGACUCUAACCCGGACGCUUAUAAGAAAUCCCGCUAUGACCUCCGACGAACCAUCAAACAGGCAAAGAGUCAAUACAGGUCUAAGAUUGAAUCAUACUACACUGGCUCUGACGCUCGUCGGAUGUGGCAGGGCUUGAAAACUAUUACAGACUACAAAGGGAAGCACAGCCGCGAGCUGCCCAGUGACACAAGCCUACCAGACGAGCUAAACCACUUCUAUGCUCGCUUCGAGGCAAGCAACACUGAAGCAUGCAUGAGAGCACCAGCUGUUCCGGACGACUAUGUGAUCACGCUCUCCGUAGCCGAUGUGAGUAAGACUUUUAAGCAGGUCAACAUUCACAAGGCCGCAGGGCCAGACGGAUUACCAGGACGUGUACUCCGAGCAUGUGCUGACCAACUGGCAAGUGUCUUCACUGACAUUUUCAACAUGUCCCUGACUGAGUCUGUAAUACCAACAUGUUUCAAGCAGACCACCAUAGUCCCCGUGCCCAAGAACUCUAAGAUAACCUGCCUAAAUGACUACCGACCCGUAGCACUGACGUCUGUAGCCAUGAAGUGCUUUGAAAGACUGGUCAUGGCUCACAUCAACAGCAUAAUCCCAGAAACCCUAGACCCACUCCAAUUUGCAUACCGCCCCAACAGAUCCACAGAUGAUGCAAUCUCUAUCGCACUCCACACUGCCCUUUCCCACCUGGACAAGAGGAACACCUACGUGAGAAUGCUAUUCAUUGACUACAGCUCAGCAUUCAACACCAUAGUGCCCUCUAAGCUCAUCACUAAACUAAGGAUCCUGGGACUAAACACCUCCCUCUGCAACUGGAUCCUGGACUUCCUGACGGGCCGCCCCCAGGUGGUAAGGGUAGGUAACAACACAUCUGCCACACUGAUCCUCAACACGGGGGCCCCUCAGGGGUGCGUGCUCAGUCCCCUCCUGUACUCUCUGUUCACCCAUGACUGCAUGGCCAGGCACGAAUCCAACACCAUCAUUAAGUUUGCCGACGACACAACAGUGGUAGGCCUGAUCACCGACAACGAUGAGACAGCCUAUAGGGAGGAGGUCAGAGAUCUGGCCGUGUGGUGCCAGGACAACAACCUCUCCCUCAACGUGACCAAGACAAAGGAGAUGAUUGUGGACUACAGGAAAAAAAAGAGGACUGAGCACGCCCCCAUUCUCAUCGACGGGGCUGUAGUGGAACAGGUUGAGAGCUUCAAGUUCCUUGGUGUCCACAUCACCAACGAACUAUCAUGGUCCAAACACACCAAGACAGUCGUGAAGAGGGCACGACAAAGCCUAUUCCCCCUCAGGAGACUAAAAAGAUUUGGCAUGGGUCCUCAGAUCCUCAAAAAAUUCUACAGCUGCACCAUCGAGAGCAUCCUGACUGGUUGCAUCACCGCCUGGUAUGGCAACUGCUUGGCCUCUGACCGCAAGGCACUACAGAGGGUAGUGCGUACGGCCCAGUACAUCACUGGGGCAAAGCUCCCUGCCAUCCAGGACCUCUAUACCAGGCGGUGUCAGAGGAAGGCCCUCAAAAUUGUCAAAGACUCCAGCCACCCUAGUCAUAGACUGUUCUCUCUGCUACCGCACGGCAAGCGGUACCGGAGUGCCAAGUCUAGGUCCAAAAGACUUCUCAACAGCUUCUACCCCCAAGCCAUAAGACUCCUGAACAGCUAAUAAUGGCUACCCGGACUAUUUGCACUGCCCCCCCCACCCCAUCCUUUUUACGCUGCUGCUACUCUGUUAAGUAUUUAUGCAUAGUCACUUUAACUCUACCCACAUGUACAUAUUACCUCAACUACCUCAACUAGCCGGUGCCCCCGCACAUGGAACACUGGAACCUGUCUUCACAUUGAAGACUAAGUUACAGAACACUGUCUAACUGAGAAGGUGUGUGGGACUGUUAUGAGUCAUUCCUUUCUAUUUUAGUCUCCCCCUGCUGGGGGCUUGCGUUUUGAGACAAGACACUGUUACUGUAAGGAAGCAGUGGCUCAGACAGGAAACGCCACAUUCAUUUAACCAUUUAUUAGAAAAGAUGACAAUAAAUGCAGUACAUUAGUCUUUGCUCCUUCGGGGUAGCUCACUGCCAGAGCAUACAUCAUGUAAGAUGAUAAUAAUUACAGGCAGUGAGCAAGGUAUACUAUACCAAUCCCUCUGAACGAACAAAAGCAGAGCCCAAACAGGUGGAGGCUGGGGUUGGUGGUGGGAAAACAGAAAUGGCAUGUCACCAAGAACACCAGCACAUGGCUUGCGCGCGGCAGCCAUCAGAAUGUGUGUGCAGAACCCGGUCGACUAAAUAGACCACCAUAUUAAGGUAGAGUGAUGAAUCUAAUUGGUGGAAUAUCAGCUGAUGCUAUCAGUCGGGUUUGCAGUAUGAACCUGCUGCGCUUAAUUUACAUGUGUCUACAAUGGCGCCGGAGGGGAUGGCUGCCGUUUUACGGGCUCCUAACCAACUGUGCUAUUUUGUUUGUUUUUUUGCGUUGUUUGUAACUUAUUUUUUAACUUAUUUUGUACAUAAUGUUGCUGCUACCGUCUCUUAUGACCGAAAAAAGCUUCUGGACAUCAGAACAGCGAUUACUCACCUCGAACUGGACGAAUCAUUUUUAUUUAACGAGUCAGAAGCGAAGGAUAUACUGCUUUCUAGAGAACAGGCCCAAAUACCCGUCAUUUGCGUGAAGAAAAGACAGAGAAAAAGGGGGCGGAGGUCGGGCUGCCUUCUGGGAAUUCGUAGGCGAGUGAGUAAACCUCCACUACAAUCCAUUCUAUUGGCCAACGUGCAAUCAUUAGAAAACAAAAUAGAUGAUCUAAGAUUAAGACUAUCCUACCAACGGGACAUUAAAAACUGUAAUAUCUUAUGUUUCACCGAGUCGUGGCUGAACGACGACAUGGAUAAUAUAGAGCUGGCUGGGUUUUCUGUGCAUCGGCAGGACAGACCAGCUACGUCUGGUAAGACGAGGGGUGGGGGUGUGUGUCUAUUUGUCAAUAACAGCUGGUGCGCAAUGUCUAAUAUUAAAGAAGUCUCGAGGUAUUGUUCGCCUGAGGUAGAGUACCUCAUGAUAAGCUGUAGACCACACUAUCUACCAAGAGAGUUCUCAUCUUUAUUAUUCGUAGCCGUAUAUUUACCACCACAAACCAAUGCUGGCACUAAGACCGCACUCAACGAGCUGUACAAGGCCAUAAGCAAACAAGAAAAUGCUCAUCCAGAAGCGGCGCUCCUAGUGGCCGGGGACUUUAAUGCAGGCAAACUUAAAUCCGUUUUACCUAAUUUCUACCAGCAUGUCACAUGUGCAACCAGAGGGACAAAAACUCUAGACCACCUUUACUCCACACACAGAGAUGCAUACAAAGCUCUCCCUCGCCCUCCAUUUGGCAAAUCUGACCAUAAUUAUAUCCUCCUGAUUCCUGCUUACAAGCUAAAAACUAAAGCAGGAAGUACCAGUGACUCGCUCAAUAAGGAAGUAGUCAGAUGACGCGGAUGCUACACUACAUGACUGUUUUGCUAGCACAGACUGGAAUAUGUUCCGGGUUUCAUCCAAUGGCAUUGAGGAGUAUACCACCUCAGUCACCAGCUUCAUCAAUAAGUACAUCAACGACGUCGUCCCCACAGUGACCGUACGUACAUAUCCCAACCAGAAGCCAUGGAUUACAGGCAACAUCGAGCUAAAGGCUAGAGCUGCCGCUUUCAAGGAACGGGACACUAAUCCCGGGCGCUUAUAAGAAAUCCCGCUACGCCCUCAGACAAACCAUCAAACAGGCAAAGCGUCAAUACAGGAUUAAGAUUGAAUCCUACUACACCGGCUCUGACGCUCGUCGGAUGUGGCAGGGCUUGAAAACUAUUACGGAUUACAAAGUGAAACCCAGCUGCGAGCUGUCCAGUGACGCGAGCCUACCAGAUGAGCUAAAUGCCUUUUAUGCUCGCUUCGAGGCAAGCAACACUAAAGCAUGCAGGAGAGCACCAGCUGUUCCGGACGACUGUGUGAUCACGCUCUCGGUAGCCGGUGUGAGCAAGACCUUUAAACAGGUCAACAUUCACAAAGCUGCGGGGCCAGACGGAUUACCAGGAGUUGUACUCAAAGCAUGCGCGGACCAACUGGCAAGUGUCUUCACUGACAUUUUCAACCUCUCCCUGACUGAGUCUGUAAUACCUACAUGUUUCAAGCAGACCACCAUAGUCCCUGUGCCCAAGGAAGCGAAGGUAACCUGCCUAAAUUAUUACCACCCUGUAGCACUCACGUCGGUAGCCAUGAAGUGCUUUGAAAGGCUGGUCAUGGCUCACAUCAACACCAUCAUCCCGGAAACCCUAGACCCACUCCAAUUCGCAUACCGCCCCAACAGAUCCACUGAUGACGCAAUCUCAAUCACACUCCACACUGCCCUUUCCCACCUGGACAAAAGGAACACCUAUGUGAGAAUGCUGUUUAUUGACUACAGCUCAGCGUUCAACACCAUAGUGCACACAAAGCUCAUCACUAAGCUAAGGACCCUGGGACUAAACACCUCCCUCUGCAACUGGAUCCUGGACUUCCUGACGGGCCGCCCCCAGGUGAUAAGGGUAGGCAACAACACAUCGGCCACGCUGAUCCUCAACACUGGGGCCCAUCAGGGGUGCGUGCUUAGUCCCCUCCUGUACUCACUGUUCACCCACGACUGCGUGGCCAAUCACGACUCCAACACCAUCAUUAAGUUUGCUGACGACACAACAGUGGUAGGCCUGAUCACCGACAACGAUGAAACAGCCUAUAGGGAGGAGGUCAGAGACCUGGCAGUGUGGUGCCAGGACAACAACCUCUCCCUCAAUGUGAGCAAGCCAAAGGAGCUGAUCGUGGAUUACAGGAAAAGGCGGGCCGAACAGGCCCCCAUUAACAUUGACGGGGCUGUAGUGGAGCGGGUCGAGAGUUUCAAUUUCCUUGGUGUCCACAUCACAAACAAACUAUCAUGGUCCAAACACACCAAGACAGUCGUGAAGAGGGCACGACAACACCUUUUACCCCUCAGGAGACUGAAAAGAUUUGGCAUGGGUCCCCAGAUCCUCAAAAAGUGAUACAGCUGCACCAUCAAGAGCAUCCUGACCGGUUGCAUCACCGCCUGGUAUGGCAACUGCUCGGCAUCUGACCGUGAGGCACUACAGAGGGUAGUGCGUAUGGUCCCAGUACAUCACUGCGGCCAAGCUUCCUGCCAUCCACAAACUAUAUACUAGGCGGUGUCAGAGGAUGGCCCCAAAAAUUGUUCAAAGACUCCAGUCACCCAAGUCAUAGACUGUUCAUUCUGCUACCGCGCGGUACCGGAGCGCCAAGUCUAUGACCAAAAGGCUCCUUAACAGCUUCUACCCCCAAGCCAUAAGACUGCUGAACAAUUAAUCAAAUGGCCACCCGUACUAUUUACAUUGAAACAGCUACUUGCUGUUUAUUAUCUAUGCAUAGUCACUUUACCCAUAGCUACAUGUAGAAAUUACCUCGACUAACCUGUACCCCCGCACAUUGACUCGGUACCGGUACCCCCUGUAUAUAGCCUCGUUAUUGUUAUUUUAUUGUGUUACUUUUUAUUUAUUUUUUACCUUAGUUUAUUUAGUAAAUAUAUUCUUAACUCUUUCUUGAACUGCAUUGUUGGUAAGCAUUUCGGCACGUAACAAAUAAAAUGUGAUUUGAUUUGAUGUGUGUUAAUGUGUUCUGCAGGGCCUGGGAGAGAUGCCCCAGGACACCCCGUCAGCCAGGGGCCGGCAUUCCCACCCUGGUAGUGGGACAGUGAGGGCCUCAUCUCUCAACAGGGAACCACUCAAAGUGGUCAACAGGUGGGAAAACGCAACACGAACGGAAACAUGUAGCACUGUCCAUACUAUCCCUCAAUUUAGUCUCUCAUCAAGUCUACAUCCCUAGUAUACUGAACUGUUAUGAUUGUAGCCAUGGCUAGCCUUGCUGUUUGUCCAUGCAUUAGCACAGUUUGUGUCAAUGAAUGUACAGUUUGUUCAUGUGUGUAUCCAUCAGUAUGAACUCCCCUCUCCAUGUCUUACCUACUGUUUGUGUAUCUGCAGGGAGUCUGGGCAGUAUAAUGGAAGACCUCAAGCUCACAGCAUUGCAGACAAGACAGAGUACAUCAAGCAGCUCACAGCCCUGCUGGGUUCAAAGGACUUUAGAGAGCGCAUUAAGGGCAUCGACCAGCUAAUGGUGGACUGCGAGCACAACCCCAACAUGGUCAUCGGCAGCAUCUUUCCGGUACCUGAUGUCAGCAGAACAAAACAGGAUAUUUUUUGGCCUCAUAUACCCUAAGCUGCCAAAGGCCGAAAUCCUCUGACUAUCACAAAAAAUACUAGCUAUAACUUUUAUUGACGAAAUAAACCAUACAAAGUUCCAUAGAUAAAAGGGCCUGUGUAAGUAGGUCAUUGUUGAAUCUGUAGUAAUGCUGCUCUCCUCCCUCUGUCCUUCUCUCACAGGUGUUUGAUGCCUUUAAGGCCAGACUGCAGGAGUCCAACAGUAAGGUCAACCUGUACGCUCUAGAGUCUCUGCAGAAGAUCGUCACUGUGAUGAAGGAUAACCUUGCCCAGGUAGUCUACAUCCUGGUCCCAGCCAUCGUGGACAAUCACCUCAACUCCAAGAACAACGCUAUCUACACUGCUGCUAUUGGAGCCAUCCACGCACUCAUCCAAAACUUGGGUGGGUGUCUGAUGAUGUUUGCCAUCACAUCAUCUGGUUUUAGGCUUGAAUGUAGCGGAGAGGAUGACCAGCUCUAACUUGACUUUGUUCACAGAUAACACUCUCCUCCUCCAGCCCUUCUGCACCAAGGCCCAAUUCCUGAGUGGCAAGGCGAAGGUGGAUCUCAUAGAGAAGGUUGCAGGUAUGUUCACUGAAACUGUUUCCUUGAGAAAUUCCCUUCGGUACCUAAAUUACAUAGAUUACACUUUGUAAACUUAAUUUGGCUUUUAACAUUUGGAUUAGGAUCUGAGUUGACAAAAGCUCCUAAGCAACAGUGCAAUGGCAACGGUCUUUCUGCCUGUCAUCCAAAGAGUCUUUAGCCUCUUAAAAGGAGGGAGAAAAAGAUGUCAGGGCCAUAUGCUCUCAGCAUUUCAUAAGCUCCUUGUUACAAUGUGUUUGACUCCUCAUCCUGCUACCUCCCUCCCUCCUCUGGCCUGUCUUUCAGAUCUGGUGACAGAGCUGUAUCCCCGUAAACCCCAGGUGGUGGAACAGAAGGUGUUACCCCUGCUGUGGCACCUCCUGGGCACAUCCAGCCAUAGCGGCACCGUCCACGGCCGGGGCGGCAGCGUGCGGGGGGCCACCGUCAACCUGUGCCAAGCCCUCUAUACCCACAUGGGGCCUUGGCUGGCAGAGUGCGCCACCUCCCAGCCUGCCAACGUCCAUAAGGGCCUCAACGAGCUCCUGAGGACCCUCUCCUACUCCUGAGGGCCCCUCAGAAAACACAACCUUCAAAACACAAUCAAACCCCCCAGACAGAAGAACAUAAACACUGACCUUCCUUGAAGACAGAGAUGUUCUGCAUUUCUAAUAGUGCCUGCACUUUUUUAACGUUACAGAGUAUAGAAAGUCCUUAAAAUGAGAGCCCUUAAAUCAACCCUUUUCUCAGAGAGCUAUUGUAUCCUUUAAUAAAGGAGCACAGGCAGACAGACAGACUUCAGCUGUUGGCAUCAGGUCUUACACACUCAACAACCUGCUCUCUUUGCACUUUGAAGAAGUAGCUCACUAUCAUGAUAGUUGUCGUCAUGAAUAUUGCUUUGUAUGUAUCGUCAUAUGAUUGUCGCUGUUGUUUUUGUUUAUGAAUCUUAUUGUACCAAAUCAGAGACAACAUUGUGAAGAAUGUACCAUUUGAAAUGCACAAAAAGGAAACGGGACCUGAAAGAUGUAUAUUUUUGCUGUUUCAUUAGAUGUGAUAUUUCUAAAAUGUGUCUUAUAAGGUUGUUUUAAAGAUUUUUCAGAGUGAAGCUUAAUGAUUACACAUAUUUUGCAUAGUGCAAAUGUGUGAUUGCACAGUAUUAGCCUAAUCUGUAUGCUGUACGAUGUUGCAGUAUAUCAUGUAUCUAUUGUAUAUGGUUUGAAAAUCUUAUUGUAACAAUUUGUUGGUGAAGUGGUGUUCUGGCAUGUCUUAGCUUUUUAUUUUGCAUGACCAAAAUGUACUGACGGGAUCAAAAAAUAUAUUUAUAUUUUUGUUAAGGACAUAUAUGUACAACGAUGCCUAAAUCAACUUUGGGUGUAAACCAAUUAUAUACUGGGUGGGUGUAACAUUGAAACUAUUUAUCUUUAAAGGAACGAUUUGAUACAGAGACGGUGAAGCCCAGGUCUGUGAUUCUGUUUCAGUAUAGUGCCAGUCUUAACGUAGCCAACGUAACGUCACUAUUCUAUGUUUAAAUUAUAUUGAACUUGUUUGUUAAGGAGAAGAAAGACCGACUGAUAAAGUGUUUAUUUCUAUAAA